GGCCAGCGGCGGCAGUGAGGCAGACGGACGGGCCCCAGUGAGGGGCCGGGGUGCCCCACGAUGGCGGUGAGGGGGCCCCGGGCCACGCCCGUGGGGCUGCCCCAGGCCAUGAGCCCCGAGAGCGCCCUGGCCUCUGACAUCUUCGACCAGUUUGUGUCGGCCGGGACCUUCAAGGCGGCGCUCUCCACCUACCGCCAGAUGUGCGACGUCCUGCAGCUGAGCCCGUCACCACUGCCCGCCUUCUACCCGCGGCUUAAGGCCAAGCUGCGCUCCUGGAGGGCCGCUUCGCUGUGGGCCAAGCUGGACAAGAGGGCGGCGCACAAGUGCUACAAUCGGGGCAAGGCCUGCGCGGGCAUGCGGGUGCUCAUCAUCGGGGGUGGGCCGUGCGGCAUCCGGGUGGCCAUCGAGGCUCAGCUGCUGGGGGCCAAGGUGGUGGUGCUGGAGAAGCGGGACCGGUACUCUCGUAACAACGUCCUGCACCUGUGGCCCUUCGUCAUCCACGACCUCCGGGCCCUGGGCGCCAAGAAGUUCUUCGGCAAGUUCUGCGCCGGCUCCAUCGACCACAUCAGCAUCAGGCAGCUCCAGCUCAUCCUCCUGAAAGUUGCGCUGCUCCUGGGAGUUGAGGUGCACGAGAACGUGACCUUCAAGGACCUCCUCGAGCCCCCCGAAGACCAGAGUCAAGAGAGGAUAGGCUGGAGGGCACAGGUGCUUCCAGCAGACCACCCGGCAUCCCAGUACGAAUUCGACGUGCUCAUUGGAGCCGACGGAAAACGCAACACGCUCAAAGGUUUCAACCGCAAGGAGUUCCGUGGCAAGCUGGCCAUCGCCAUCACGGCCAACUUCAUGAACAGGCAUACCCUGGAGGAGGCUCGGGUGCAGGAGAUCAGUGGGGUGGCCUUCAUCUUCAACCAGAAGUUCUUCCAGGAUAUGAGAGAGAGCACAGGCAUUGACCUGGAGAACAUAGUGUACUACAAGGACGACACUCACUACUUUGUGAUGACCGCCAAGAAGCAGAGUUUGCUGGACCGGGGAGUCAUCAUCGACGACUACAGCGACACCGCGAGCCUCCUCUCCCCGGAGAAUGUGGACCGGGCCGCCCUGACAGAGUAUGCCAGGGACGCUGCGGACUUUGCGACGGGCUACGCCUUGCCCAGCCUGGAGUUUGCCGUGAACCACUACGGGCAGGCGGAUGUGGCCAUGUUCGACUUCACAUCCAUGUAUGCGGCAGACAACGCCUGUCGUCUGCUGGAACGGCGCGGGCACUGGCUGCUUCAGGGGCUUGUAGGAGACUGCCUACUAGAGCCCUUCUGGCCCACCGGAUCCGGCUGUGCUCGGGGCUUUCUGAGUUCCCUGGAUGCGGCCUGGAUGAUGCGUUCCUGGGCCAUGAACAAGGACUCCCCGCUUCACGUUCUAGCGGAGCGGGAGUCCAUCUACCGGCUGCUGGCGCAGACGACACCCGAGAACCUGACCAAGGACCUGGGGGAGUACAGCCUGAACCCGAGCUCGCGCUACCCAAACCUGAACCUGCAGGCGGUGCUGCCCUCCCAGGUGCGCUCCCUGUGCCGCACCGACACGGAGAUCUGCUUGCCUCCGCCGGGGCCACGCCCCCUCACCGACAUGCAGAAGAAGAGGAGGCGGAGAGAGUCUAUCAUCCACCCGGACGCUUUGUUGUCCUGGUGUCAGCGGCAGGUGGCGCUGUACAGUCGAAUCAAGAUAGAGAACAUGACUACCUCCUGGAAGGACGGCCUUGCAUUGUGCGCCAUCUUGCACCGGUAUCGUCCCGACCUCAUCGACCUCGACGAGCUUUCGGCCGACAACAUCGCUGCAAACAACCAACGGGCGUUCGACAUCCUGGAGCGGGAGUAUGGCAUCCCGCCCGUGAUGACCGGUCAAGAGAUGGUGGACUGCGCGGUUCCGGACAAGCUGACCAUGGUCUCGUACGUCUCCCAAAUCUACGAGACCUUCCGGAGGGAGAUUCCCCAGGGGCGCCCUGCGUACAAGGUGAGCAAGCUGAUUGAGGAGAACCAGCUGCCCCCGACUGCUCCGCUGAACCUGCUCAGCAAGAUCAGCCAGAAGAUCCAGGGGAGGAAAAAGUACUCGACAGAACAGGACACUUCGGCAAAGGACAAGAGUGAGAGCCAGAGCCAGAAGAGGGCGGCGAGGAUAUCCACCGCAAGGAGUCGCAGGACACGAGACAGGACAGCCCUCGUGGACGCUUUGGCCGGAGGAGAGCCGUCGGCGCUCAAGCAGUACGAGAAGAUUCUGAGCACGCUGGACCGGGAGUCCUUCAGCCGACGCAUGCAGGCCCUGCAGGAGCAGCUGGCCAAGGACGAGCGGUCCUCCUCGCGGGGAAGCCGGGGCCGCAGGAGCGGACAUGCUUCCUCCGCCACCGAGGACGAGAGCACCUCGGUGCCAGGGGGGCGGUCCCGCGUGCCACGCUCCGCCGUGCAGCGCCUGCAGGAGCAGCUCAACUCGGGCUCCAGCAGUUCGACCGCCAAGCGGAAGGAAAACAAGGUUGGGCGGCUGGGUAAGGACGAGUGGAAUGUGAAGAUGCUGGAGGAGAGGCUGAAGCAGCAGCAAAAGAAGGCCAAGGAGCCCAAGGUGGAGGUCGAGAAGCCCCGGGUCUUCAAGGACAUCUUCGACAGCAAGCUGAAUGCCAUGGACGCCCGGCUGAAGGCUGGUGGGGGCCUGACGGAGAAGGAGCGUGCCCGAUUCUCAGGCAUUGACGAGCGGCUCCAGCGGCUGGACAAGCAACUCAGGGAAGGCUCGCUGGACGUGGGCACACGGGGCGCCAACCGGGUGGCCGCCAUGGCGGGAUACAUCGCCAACGUGCUGGAUGCUCAGACGGGGAUCCGGGAGAAGCGGCCUCCCCCGCCUCCGCCCGUGGUGCUCUUCCGGAACGAUUCGGCCGACGGCACGCAGACGCCGCCCCUGGCAGCGUCUCCGCUGCCGCCUGCGGCCGCGACCGAGAAGGGCCCAGAGGCGGUGAGCGAGACGUGCUGCUUCUGCCACAAGCGGGUGUACCUCAUGGAGCGGCUGAGCGCAGAGGGGCUCUUCUUUCACCGAAGCUGCUUCCGCUGCGACUACUGCCAGGGCAGCCUGCGCCUGGGAAACUAUGCCUAUGACCGCACCACCUCCUUUAAAGGCAAGUUCUACUGCCCGGCCCAUUUCCGGAUGGAGCGACCCAGCCAGCGCUGGCAGGAGAUGAUGAAGCGAAAGCAGGCAUUCCUGUCGGCCAAUCCCGAGCCCCCGUCCCUGAUGCCCUCCUCCGCGCCUUCCGACGCAGUCUCCGCGCUCGAAGACUCCGCGGGGGUGCCGCUGUCCGCUGCGGCUGCGGCGCAUCAGCACCGCAGACGGAGUCCAUCGCCUCCCCACGGGGGUGCAGGGGAAGACAUGGGAGACCCCACCCAGAUGGGGAGUGCGAUCACUCCCACUGCCACGAUGGUGGACGCGGGGACCAUGACGUUUCAGGCCAAGGCGUACAAGGUACCACGGCAGCUGACCGCGGAGGAGGUUGCCACAAUGAUGGACGUAGACAGCACUCCGGAACGGGUGGAGUUUGAGAACAGCCUGGAGCUCCUCUCGGAGGACGACCUGCUCACGAGCGAGCUGGAGGAGGAGGAGCUGGCCCAAAAGAACCUGGGUGCGAUAGACGUGGCAACCAGCGACGACGAGUACUCUGACCUCAGCUCUGAGGAGGGCUCCGAGUCCGAGAGCCUGGUGGAAGAGAUCGAGCACUCGCUGACGCUGGACGACACGCGACAGAUGGCCGAGACCUGGCAGCGCAAGCACGCCUCCUCGCUGGAUGCGGUGGGGGAGAGCCCCCAGGAGCAGGGCAACGGGGUGCACGGGGCACCCCCGUCAAGCAGGGCCCAGACGGGACGUCCCGGGGAGGAAGACGAAGAGGACAGCUGCACCGAAGGCGAAGAGGACUACGACGAAGGGGAGGACGAGGAAGAGACAGAAACGGAGACUGGGGACGACGACGCCACCAGCCAGGACGUCGACAGCGACGAAGAGUACAGCCCACCCGAAGUCCUCUCCAACGACGAAGACGGGAUGGCCAGGUCGCACCACCACGAAAACGGAAGGGACGAAGAGGUGACCGUGCCGGUGCCAGUGCUCAACAUGGACAAGAAGCUCAGCAACGAAGCCGGUAGCUCUACCGAUUCGGGAGACGAGUACAUCUCAGAUGAAGAAGGCAUCACAAUCAGCUCGUCCGAGAUGUCUUCAGAAUCGGAGGAAGAUCCACCACCGCCCAAGCACGAGAUUCCCGUGAUCGUCAUCGACGUUUCCCCGGGCGACCAGGACACCGAGCUGGAGUGGGGCCCGCAGGAAGUGCGUGCCGCCCUGGGCCAGCUUCCGGCCGAGCCGUCCGAAGCCGAGCCCAGAGCCGAACCGGAGACGCAGUCUCAAGCCAUGGCUACCGCUCCAGCCGCAACGACCUUCUCGAAGCUGGAAUCCACAGAAGCGGUGUCGGCCAGUCCCAAGUCGAGUGACGGACAGACCUCGAGCGACCAGCUGUCUCUCACGAAGCCCACCAAGUCGUCGGAAAGCCUGCUGGGCACGAGCGUCUCUUCUGAACUGUCUUCUUCGUCCAACGUGGACGACCUGUCGGACAACGUGGCCGGAGUAGUCCACGCUGCCAGAGAAGCCAUUGCAGUCAUCGUGGAAGACUUGGGAUCGCUGACGGACGUCUCAGACGUCAGCAGCGCCGCCGUCCAGCGCUCAGAGUCCGUCGAGAGCCAGCCGCCGUCCAACGCGGAGCAGUCGCCCACCGACACUCACGGCUACGACCUGCUGCUGGACCGUGCCGGAUCCAGCGGGAGUUCGUCGCUCCCCACUCCAGUCGACGAAGUCGGUCCGUCAUCCACCGGAUCGGAGUCGUCCGCUGUCUGCUUUGGAAGGCUCGCGGGGCGGGAGAGCGAAGCCAGCUCGUCGUGGGCAUCGUCGUCGCACCGGUCGGCGUCGAGUGUCGGGGUCGGCGGAGACGAGUCAGAAGAUUCGGAGUGUUGCAAGCCGUUUGUGGUGUCGGACUGCGGAUCGCCGUGGUCUCCGACGGGAGAUGUCGGACCGGUCAUGGCUCGUCUGGAACACCCUGUUGUGUCUAGGACGGCGUCUGCAGGCUCGGAACAUUCCGAGGACGCGUUACUUUCCAUUUCGGGAAGGUCGUGUCUGGCGGAACGUCCAGACUCUUCGGAGACCUCAACUGCGGACACGGUGGAGGAAGCCACGGUAUUGCAGCGUUCGCUCUCUAAAGAAGCAGCGAACGACGAGUUGUCGCCAACCGGGUCCAUUCUCGACAAGGCCCUUUCCUUUGCAGAGCCCGUGCUAGCGGAGCCGAGCUGUGGCCUCAAAGACGGAAGUUUGGAGAUGGCGAGAUAUAAUGAGGGAAGCGUUGCCUCCGCCUUUUACAGUGCCGAUUCCCUGACUUCCGUGCGGGAAGUCGACGGAAUCGUGAUGGCAGGCUUUCAAGAAAUGCCAGAGAAAGAAAGCGUUAGCAUCGCGGUUCCCUUGGAAGCACCAGAAAAUGUACCGGAGUAUGUCAAAAGUGGUCUUCCCAAAGGUCUGCACUGUUUAGACCGGGCAAAACUAAUGUUAGAAUUGGACAUGGAAAACGUUCCAGAACGAGAAGCUGUGGCACCCGACGUUCUGUCUCCGCAGAGCGACGUCACGGACGAAGACACAACCUGCUCGGCGUCGAUUAGCGACCAGGAAGUGUUUCCUGCCGACGAGAGCCUCCCGCGGUACGAGGAACACGUGGUGACUCCGGAACUCCAGGAUCGACCCAAGAGUGGCCUCUUGUUUGCACCCAUCGCGAGCAUGAGCGACGAAGACGAUCUCACGGCAUCGGAUGCCGUAAAGAAGACGCGGCGGCACGAGAGCGAACUGCUCGUCGAGAAGGUGAUCCUUGAGACGACUGAGGAGGUCUGUGAAACUCCGCAGGAUUUCCUGACUACUCCAGUGAAUGCAGAGCCCGCAGCGACAUCAGUGGGGCAUCGGAGUGACGAGGACGACUUCACGGUGUCCGAAUGGGCAAGGGAAGGCGGAGAGAAAGAAGUCCUUUCAGUGCUCGAAGACCUCAACCCUGAGUUCCACUUCGAUGACCGUAACGUGACGCGCCGACGCAAGAAGAAGCGGUUGCCGUCCGGCAACCAGAGCGAGCAACAGGAGGGUGCCGAGCGUGGAAAAACCGAGCCAGGAGAGCAGACGUGUGUCAGAUUCGAGGACGGCACCAAAAUAAUGACGUCACCCGAUGGUCGCCGAUUGCCCGACGACUGGGACAAGGGCGCUCUGGAAUCGUCGACGACGAAGUGCGACGUCCGCCCCCUAGCCCGAGAGCCACCCAAGUUCCAAGGCUAUGGAGGCUCCUUCGCAGAGAAGGUCCGCGGGCGGCCAAGCGACGGCGAUUCCUCGUCCCGCGACUCCAUCUACCUCAAAUCGCUCAACAUCAACCUCCAGCGCAUGGAAUUCCCGUCGAUCCGCGCAUCGUCUCCGAACAGUCGGGGCUCCUGCGAGGAGCUGGACUCGGACAGCAGUGCCACAGUCCAGAGCACCCCGGUGCAGCGGUCCGCACCGGUCGCCAUCGAGCGCCAGGUGAAAAGCGCAGAUCCGCGCCUGGCGCGUGCGAGGCCACAGCAGUUUCCAGAGUCAUUUCACACCCCGGCCCAACCGCUCUCGCGGCCGUGCCCCGACCCGGUGACGGCGAUGCUUAUGAGUCGGCGCGAGCUAGCGCGCAAGAGCGUGCACGAGGACAUCCAGAACCUGCCGUACUUCGACAGCCAGUCUCUCGCGGGCGACUUCGACGACUUCAAGACGCCCGAAUGCGGCACGCCCACGGAGGUGUUUGAAACGCCCCCAACCUCGCGUCCGGGCUGGCUCGCAACCGGCUGCGGGACGGACCCGGAACGGGAGAGAGCCAGGAGGGAGGCGAGGGAGAGGGCGCGGCUGAAGAGCGACGAGGAGCUCGGGUUAAGUCCGUGCAGCUACCGGCGCAAGUACGCCCGGACGCCGGCGUUCGACGAGAUCACGCUGACCGACCUGCUGGACCAGGAGGACGAGACGUUCAAUGCGCUCGACGACCGCUCAUCGCUGCGGAGCUUCAGCACGGCGCAGCACCGGCUUGCGCAGUUCGAGGACGACGACGUCGACGACGCAGAUGAGGCCACUCCGGUCGCGUCGCCGGCACGGUCGGUCGAAGAACUGGAUCGGCCAGACGUCGUGAACGCGUCGGCGGCGUGCGCGAUCGUGCCGAUGGAUCCGUACCAAAUUAGGGCAGACGUGUGGAAGCCGAAGCCAAAGCCGAAGCGCCGCCUCUUUGCCAAGAGUGACGAGGAGGACCGAAAGCAGACGACGCCACCGACGACGACGAGGAGGAACCUGCUGUCGUUCCUGGGCUUCAGUCGGAACAGCAGCGGGGAAGCAGCCUCUGCGACAACGAAAGAGAAAAAGGAAAGUUACAACCGCGAGAAAGCGGCGAAGGACAUGGCCGACAACGACCGGAGCCGGACGUUCUCGAGACUGAGGCUCACCAAGUCAAGGUCCGACAAGGCCGCGCCGAAGAAGGGCGGCUCCGGCGUGGGGUCCGGCGGAGGGACAUCGUCCGCGGAGAAGGCGGACAUGGCGGCAGCGGCAGCAGCACGAUUGGAGGAUCGCGGCAAGCGCGUGGUGGGGUCUGUGUCGCACCAGCGGAGGCCUCUCCCCCUGGAGGAGAUGAAGAAGCACAUCAGCCUGGACAAUCUCAAGUCUCAGCCCAUCCAGCUGCCUGCCAAGAGUCGGAGCGUCGAGUUUGGGUGCCUCGCACCCAGGGCCGCCGAGGAAGACAGCUUAUUGGACUUCGACGACAGAGACAUGGACGCUGCUGCCGAGUACGGCGCACUUUCCGACAAGAAGGGCAAGGCGGUAGACCAAAGAAGGCUGGAGCGGCUGACUCUGCGGGUUCAGCGUCAGCAGGAGCUCAAGCGGCUGCGCACGGCCCAGGAGAUCCAGAGGCGCCUGGAGGAGAUUGAGGUUAGCCUUCGGGCCCUGGAGAGGAGAGGGGUGCUCAUCGAGAGGGCCCUCAGGGGAGAGGAGGACGAGGAUGAGGAUCUGCGGACGGACGAGAAGGACCUGACGCAAGUCUUGUUCCGGCUGAUGCGGCAGAAGAACAAACUCUCAAGGGAGGAGCAGGAACUCCUCAUCAGGGUGAGAGACCUGGAACUUGAGAACCACCACUCCAAGCUGCAGCAAGAGAUGCGGGAACGAAUGGCCGUGGACGAUAAAGAGAAGUCUCCACGCGACAUCGAGAAGGAGCGCCAAAUCCUGAGUGAGAUGCUGGAAAUCGUGGAGAAGCGUGACCGACUCGUGGCUCAGAUGGAUCAGCUGAGGAUAAGGGAAGAAAACGAAGAGAAGGAACUAGCUGCCCGUAUCCUCACUCAGUCUGCCGCCUGAAGAAGGCCGCGCCUGAAAGCCAUCGCUCAUGCGCGGCGUGGCGUUCCUUCAAAGUUUGUCCCACGCUUCGCCAAGUUGCCCUAGCCCGUCCUUCGGUUGUGUCGUCUGCUUAGCAGAAGCGCCAUUCGCUUGCCAACACCGCUGCCGUUCUUCUGCCAUUUUAUUUCUCGAUCGAGCCAGGUCGUACCAGAACGGUAGACGUCUACGAGUUUGUUGACGGACGUGCUAGGACCAUUGACCAUUAUCAGCUCUGUAAAGUGAUCAUCGCCAGUUUAUUCAGUGCAGCGGCCCAAAGGCGUCUUUUCGGCGGUGGUUUUGCAGACAUUUGUCACGAGCAAUACCGCCAAGAAAAUCACUGCAAUUCGGAACGGCCUGCAGCACGGUUGCCUCGAAGAGGAUUUUGCCCGCCCACAACAAUUCAUCUUCCGUUUGAAGAUUCGAAUCUGGUGGGUCCAUUCCCGGCCGCAUGCUUGCGACAAGCUUACGCGGCUUCGGCUCUUCGCUGUUUGGAGUUCGCGGCUGAAGCUUAUCCGUUCAUGUGAUGCGUAUCAAGUCGUGACCUUGCUAAGGCAUUGACUGAGGUGUUAGUACAAGGUUAUGCAGCUACGGUGUUUUGAGGUAGUGCUAGAGACAUCCAUGGUCCCUGUACAUUGACGAAGAUGAAAUUAGGCAUUCUGAACAGGUACUAACUUGUAAGCUAUCUUUAUUGUUCAGCCACACUCAUUAGAACUUGCAUGUUCAUUCAUCUCCAAAAGGCCGUGCCAUUUUCAUUCCAUUCGAGGCUAGGCCAAGGGUUAACAAGUUGCGGCUCUGGACGCGAACAAUCCUCCUUAUUGAGCGGCGAUACUGUAGCGGUACUAAUUACCUCUCCGUCGACUACACCUUCAUUGUUUGAAUGCAUGGUUCUUUUGCCGGUCUUACUCGGCAAUUGAUUAAACUAUGGUAAUGGAGGGGCUGACGACGAGGCACGUGCAAUGGCCGUUGAGUUUGACAGUUUUUGCCGUGAAGUUGGCACGCAAACCAGAAUGAAUGCGCCAACUAAUGUAGCUCUCCUGUGCAGCAUAUUUUAAUUGUCGCAUUUCCGCUGGUGCUAGUUUGGCGGGGCGCUGUGGGCGUGCCCUUCGUACAAAAGUGACUCUAGUUCUGCCCUUCCAUUUGCGGCGCGCUGGUUUCGUUAAAUGUGGGGCCUAUUUGUGUUUGUCUACUUGUCACGGCCACGCUGCUGGCAGCAACUUUUGGUGUAUGCGUGUGCGCGCCUGUAUAGCCUAACAGUCUUCGUUGCUUUCGAGGCUCAAACUCUGUUCGCCAAGUCUCGUUUUCUUGCAUGCGACGCGGUUUUGAGAUAGUGGUGCAAACGAAGGAGGUCGAAAGCCUCGCAAUUGACGCAACGAAAUGUCUCGUAACCGCUCUUCUUAGGUUUCUACUCCUCAGUUGUACAGCUCGUAACUGCAGUGUCGUUUUCGACGUGUCUAUUCUCGAAGCCGGAGCCAACGAGAAUGUUCUUGUUCGUUAAACAGCCCAGCUCGCAAAGCAAUCACUCGUGGCCGGCAGCUCAUUUGACUUUAACCAAAGCGGUUGAGUGCGCUCGUAAGGUGCGCCUAAACUAUGCGCAUCGCGUAGACUCGCAUAAACAUCGGUCAGCGUAAGAUCAGAUCUUGUUCUGAUCGGGGUCUUGCAGUACUAAUGGCAUUUUUGGAAACUGACGUUUAGUUCCUCUUGCAGCCUGCGUGUGGCUACGCAACGGUGUUUUACUUUUCUCCUCAAUAUACACCCCGUGCGCAUUUUGGUACGCAAUCCUUGUACAGCUUUUGUUUCUGUAGUUUUUACGGGCAUUUUUUACAUCCAUCGAGUUUGGUCUCGGUAGACUGCUGGUUCGUGCCAGAAUGAUGGGGUUUUUUUCGCUCUUAUUUUGUAUGUAUAUUAAUAUUAGGUGCCUUUCGCGUUAACCAAGUGGCAGCUGUGCAUGUGAUACUUGUCAGACACGUCUCUUGUCGCCCUGAGAUACCGCGUCCUAAGAGGCCGGGUUUCCUUGAAUUCAUGCUUUCUACGGCACUUGGCGGCCCUGGCAUUUUGUAUCCUUUCGUUGCCUUUGGAAAACUAGUUUCAUGAUUGGUUAUAUUCUACAAAUGAAGUCUUAUGUUUGGCUGUUGUAUAAUUGAUAUACGACUGAUGAAAUUGUUUGUGAAUGAUUCCUCCCUCUGAACUGUAUUUCUCAAGCAACAAAGUUGAAGCUCAAGCUAGGUAGUGGAAGUUGGUUUGCUUAAAUGUCUGAUGUCUCUGUUGUGCAAAUUGGAUCAUUAAAACUGUGCAGCUAUUAACUGAUGGUGGCCUGCUAAGGAUCUUUGUUGAAUACACCAUACCUCAUUCAAGAUCCUUUCUGGCAGAGGCAAAACCUGCAGGUGCAGGCCUUUAGCAUUGAAAGAUGCUUCUAGGGCAUGUGCCUCUACGCCACAAGAUCCAUUUAAAGCCACAGGUUCAUGCUAAAGCAGACGUUAGGGGGUCUUCGCAUGAAGGCACCCUAGCAGAACUCGAGCCCAGGCCUCUUUAAUUAAAGGAACAUCCUCAGCUGUUUAGUGUGGCGUGCAAGUUAAUAACAAAAUUUAAUAGCUAGUUUCCUGCUACUCAUGAUCCGCCACUUAUCUUGAUUUGCUUGACAAAGUGGCCAGCAUCACAGCACAAAGUUGCUUUACAAGAGGGGGAGGUCAACAUGUUGAGGCAGUUUCUCGAGUUCCAUGGACGGAAGAAAGGUUUCUAUGCCUUUAUUCUCCUAAAAAUCUUAAGCCCAACCUUGGUUUUCUGCAAUGCAGAAGAUCAUCUCCUCUUCCUCCUCCCCUUAGCCGUGAGGGUAGCGAAUAUCAAAGUAGCGUGAAGUUUUCGAGAAAUGGUCAUCCAAAUCAUCUCUUUAAUUAGGUUUUUAUUGGCAUAAUUUUUUUAGAAGCAGGACGUCUAAACACUUCUUUGUGCAGUGAUUAAGGAGCUUGCAUCGGAAAAGGCUGGAAUGGUUUACUUUUAGAUUAGAAAUGCGUAAAUAAGGACGAAAUAUACGAGUUGUCAUGUUUAGAUCAUUGGUAAGCACUGUUUUUUGACGACGUUGACAAGAUAGAAGAUACUCAACACAAUUUUUUAUGUGUUUCUUCAGAGCGAAGUUCUGCAAACUCAGCCAAUGGGGAAACACUGGAAUGUGCUUGCACGUUAAGUACAUCUUGCAGACAAACGUUGGUUAUAAUUUUCAAAACUAAUUUUUUAAAGAUUAUUAGCUUGUCCCCAACAGCUGCUGGACAUUUUCUUACUCCUUCCACCUUUUUAAUGUGCUGCCCUUAGCAAUGCUGAAUAUAAGAUAGGAGCAUCAGCCUAAUAAGGUUAGGCCAUGCAAGCACUUGCAUGGCUCUGACUGGACCCAAGCUUCAUGCCAACAGUUUGCGAUGAAGCGACCUUGGCAUUUGGCAUAGAACAGUUAGCCACGUUGGCGCUUCUUUCGUGGCAUGAACUCAUGACUGUAGAUUGUGAGUCGAGAAUAGCUCGCAAGUGGCCGAUUUUCUGAGAUGUGUCAGAAUCUUAAGGCGUGUCCUGUCACUUCUACUCAAGUCCAAGUGCGUCUUGGUUCAAUAUGAACAAAUUGGGUGGCAGUUUAAAAUGAUGUUUUGGCUCAGUGAUGUAGUCUGAAUUAUUUGCAGUACUUUCCCUGUUCACCUCGCUGUUCAGUUGCAGCUUGAACUCUGCAGUGCAUUCGCAAGAAAAUAUGCCAGACGCAUAAUGUUACACAACGGCCUUUGUGUAUCGUAUACCACCAAAGAAGAGAUGGGUAUUGCAGUAUAAUUUUGUCAACUGUUUUUUUCUUCAUUCCCCUCAUUACUGGCAGCUUCUGGGUAGUACUAUUUGCAUCAUGAUGGUUGCCAACAUGGAAGCAAUGUACUGUAUAUAUCUGAGACAGCUUGACUGUGUGUUCCCCUCCCUGUGACGAUAGAGUGCUUUUUUGCCAAGAAUGCUUUAGUAUAACUGUAUAAAGCCCACUCAACUGUUUGUUGUGACCUUGGUUUGGCCAGCUGGAUGGCAUCUUCUCUAGGUCUUGGGCAUAGCGUAAUGUAGCAGCAUGGACAGGCUCUGCGAAGAUGAACUUGUGAGCUGUUGAUGACCAUUGGAUCUAUCUUCAGAUUUCUAUUUUGCUGCGAGUGUGUAAUAGUACUUUUGAGGAUGCUCGUGGAAGGGUCGCUGUAAAGUUGUGCAAGUUGCUGUUGAGUCGAGCUUAGCGCGGUCUCUGUUUUUAUCUUUAUUUUUCUUCCUGAAGACCGAACACUAGGCGAUGGUGUAACGAAAGGAGCUCUCUGUAAACAACUUUAUUCACGUUUGAAUAAAACUUGAGAAACAAA